UUUAACAGCUUGCAUUCUGUAUUCCGCACACAUCAAGUGCUCAUUGUCAUUUUGCUCAGCCAAUCCUACCCAUUCAACUCGCUCCAUCAACCACCAGCUGGUACGGUGACAAGGAACCAUAUCUAUCGCGAUGGAGAUAUCAGAGGAUCAAGAAGGUACCGUCUCGUAAAUGCAUGACGGGUGUUCAGCCCUUACCAUGGCCUGUCAUUGCCUUGAUUCGCGGGUCUUCUCGACCACCGUUUUUGAGGCAUUGCAAGUCAGGGAAGGGCUGAUCUGAGAUUAUACCGUCGAACUUGAUCUGGAUAAUUCCAGCGAAAGAACAUGCUUCUUCUCCCAUAUCCCCCUGUGUUGAGUUGCUUAUAUUUAUAGCAUCAUGUCGACCGACAAGAUCACGUUCUUGACCAACUGGCACGCAACGCCGUAUCACGCUCCCCUAUACCUCGCGCAGGCCAAGGGCUACUUCGAAGAUGAAAAUAUCAAGGUUGCUCUGCUCGAACCGAACGACCCCAGCGACGUGACUGAGAUCAUUGGGAGUGGCAGAGUGGACUUGGGUUUCAAAGCCAUGAUUCAUACUCUUGCGGCGAAAGCCCGUAACUUCCCCGUUCUCAGCAUUGGCUCUCUCCUUGACGAGCCAUUCACUGGUGUCGUUUAUCUCAAGGAUUCCGGCAUCACGACUGAUUUCCGCACCUUGAAAGGUAAGCGUAUUGGUUAUGUAGGCGAAUUCGGGAAGAUCCAGAUCGACGAACUCACUUCCCACUACGGCAUGGCCCCCACCGACUACACUGCAAUUCGUUGCGGCAUGAAUGUCUCCAAGGCCAUCAUCUCCGGCACCAUUGACGCCGGCAUCGGCCUCGAGAACGUCCAAAUGGUAGAAUUGGAGGAGUGGCUAGCCAGCCAAAACCGCUCCACCACCGACGUCCAAAUGCUCCGCAUCGACGAGCUUGCCGAACUCGGCUGCUGCUGCUUCUGCUCAAUCCUCUACAUCGGAAACGAAAACUUCAUCGCCCAGAACCCCGAGAAAGUGAAGGCAUUCCUUCGCGCCGUAAAGCGUGCAACCGACUUCGUGCUCGCCGAGCCGGAGAAGGCCUGGGCGGAGUAUGUCGACUUCAAGCCGGUCAUGGGCACAACGCUCAACCGCAAGAUCUUUGAGCGGAGCUAUGCCUACUUUAGCAAGGAUUUGAAGAACGUGAAGAGAGACUGGGAGAAGGUGACGAAGUAUGGGAUGAGACUCGGUGUUCUGAGUCAAGACUUUGAGCCAAACUACACGAACGCGUUUCUAGGAUGGGAGACCGAGGGUGAAAGUGCGGAUCCAACCGGGGACCAGAAGAAAAUGGUGGAGUUGCAGAAGGAUGUUGCUGCCUGCGGUGGCUUCCGCAGGCUGAAUACUUUGCCGGCUACUGUCAAGGUUUGAGUGGUUAUGUAUAUGCGCUCGGCUGCGCACGAUAGUGCGUAGCGUUGCGAGAAGUGUGCAUUGGAGAAGGAUUGGUAUGAUGGUGCAUGGCAUUUCACUCACUAAAUAUUUACCAGCCAAGAGACGCAAACACGAAAUGGAUUACACCUGGCAAG